AUGCAGCUACUCAAAUGGCACGGGCAGUUGAUUCUGCUGAACUUUUUAAUGUUUAUGUCUUGGCGACCAUGUCGAGGAUUGAACGUACCAAACUAUGGUUCUACUUAUCGAGCCAAUCCUACCAGACGGUCAGGCGCUUUUACUAGCGCCAGAGAUCCAGCCUACUAUGACGAGUACGAACCAUCCGGUCCUCAACCACUCAACCAAGAUCAGCGUCGAGCGAAGCUGGUUGCCAUCUCGAACCCGGACUUUUAUUUUCCACCCGAUCCCGAAGCGGACCUAGCGGAGGCAAAUGAACCGGCAUUGGAGCGGCAAAAGUCUCGCGCACCGGCCGCUGCAGGAAGCUUUUCGUACAAUGAGAAAGACAAAAAUGGACCAUCGCACUGGUACCGCGUAGAUGCACGCUGUGGAGGCCGGUACCAAAGUCCGAUCCUACUAAACACGACCAGCGCACAGUUCGUGAGCCGAAAGCGGCCGCUACGUCUCGAUGGACAAACCAAUCUGCCACAGACGAUACUGCUGCAGAACGAUGGACAUUCGGCGAAGUUUACGUACAACUGGCGCACCACCGGUGACCGUCCGGUGCUCCGUGGUGGUCCACUCAAGACCAAGUAUCUGUUCGACCAGUUCCACUUUCACUGGGGUGUAAACAGUACGGUGGGUUCGGAGCACGUGUACGACUACCAGCGCUACCCGAUGGAGAUCCAUUUGGUGUUCUACAACGGACUGUACGAGUCGUUCCAGGAGGCGCGCGAACAGGUGGAUGGUAUUGCCGUGGUGGGGUUGUUCUACGAGAUUUAUCAACAUUCGCUGGACGAGCAGCUGAACACGUGGACCCGGUUUUUGCGCAAUGUCGUCACACCGGACAGCCAGUACACGAUCCCGUUCAUUGAUACGUUCCCGUUGUACGAGGUGAUCGGGGAUGUGGAGUGGCCUUACUUCUCGUACGAGGGUAGUCUUACGACACCGCCGUGUCUAGAGACGGUAACCUGGAUCGUGUCCACCAAACCGCUGCUGGUGACGGAGAAGGAGAUGAAGCAGUUCCGAUGGCUGCAAUCACCGACCGGACAGAUGGUGAACAAUUUCCGACCCGUCCAGAAGCUUAACCAUCGUCGGGUGUUCCUGUACUGA